CCUCGACUUUGACGGCUUUGGAGCAUGCGAGGGAACGCUGGCAUGCUCCACCUGCCAUCUGAUCUUCGAUGAGGACGUCUAUAAGAAGCUUGGGCCAGUCACAGACGAGGAGAUGGACAUGUUGGACUUGGCAUACGGCCUCACUGAUACCUCCUGGUUACGAAGCUCCUCAAGUCGCCUCAACUCCUCCUGACGUCGCAUUAGAUCUGGAAGAGGAUGAUUGAGGAGUGUAAGCCAGCUGGAAGCAUGAAGGGUUCACUUGGCUCCAUUUUGAAGUGCAUGAAGAUAUUUGGGGUCAGUGAUGGAGCCCUGGCCAACUGUGGCCCAGAUACUACUGCUGAGCAACCUUCAAAUGGUGCAGAUGCGGGAUUUCACCAGGAAGGACAUCAUUCACCUACACCCUUCAACAACGCCUCAUCCCGGAGGAUUCAAGUGCUUCACAUGUCAAGAUGCUCCAGAUAACUACGAGUGUAACCGCUGGGCACCAGAUGUAUACUGUCCGAAAGAUACUAGAUACUGCUACACCAUCCACAUGAUGGAUCACCAUGGCGACAGCAUCUCCGUGACCAAGCGGUGUGUCACUCUGGAAGAGUGUCAGUUCACAGGCUGCGCUGAAGUCAUUGAAGAUGGUUCUCUGGUGUGCUCCUCUUGCUGCCAAGGGAAUAUUUGCAACCUGUUGGUUCCCAGAAAUGAGAGCGCUGCUGUUUUCUCUUCAACUUCCCCUCUGGUGAGCUCGGCCAGAGGACAUCAUGCAGGGACACUGAGGGACAUCAUCAUCAUCAUCGUCAGCAUUCUCUCAUUAGGAUGUAUAUGACACACAAAUAUUGUUUGUAUUAAAAGGUGAACAACAAUAUCAACAACAAUAUCUUUUAUAGGUUUUUAUAUAUGUAUUUGUGUAUAGUUUAUGUCCAUUAUAUAAUGUCAGCAGACAUUGAAAUGAUUGCAGGGUCAAUUGACUGAUGUGUCCUUUACUUAUUUUUGUAAAGUCGUGGAAAUUAAUCCAAUUAAUCAUUUUAGAUCAGGGGUCUCAAACUUUACAAGUCACAAGGUAAAGCAUCUCAUCAAACGUGUGGUUAAAGUUGCGCCGCCGCUCCCAGAUGGAACUGAGUACGAUGCUAACUUGCUAAUUGGGUCAAAUUAUUAAGUUUCAUUAAUGUUCAUGUUAAAGGUUAAAUAACUGUUAAUACUGUUCAUUUGAAUUGGAAAAAUAAUAAUUUCUCUACCCACCAUAUAAUCAAUAAUAUGUGGUUUCUUGAGUUUUUCUUAUUAUUUUAUUUAUUUAUUACUGAUUUGUUUUAUUUACUCUUGAUUUGUUCAUUUAUUUUAUCAUCUUAUUUUGUGUAGAAAAAUAAAAAUGAAGACAUUUGAGAACAGUGGAAUGAUUUAUCAGAGCUUUUCUUGUGAAAAACCGCAACCAAAGUACUGAAAAAGUGUAGGGUAUAACCUGGAAGCAAAAGCAUUAAAGACAGUUUUUUUUCAUUUUUAUUUUUCUGUUUUUAAUAAAUGCAGGGUUUGUUUUUUUUUUAAACCUGAUGCAGCCCAGCCUCACCCUGACCCCAGUUCCAGUGGCCCCCAGGUAAAUUGAGUUUGAGACCCCUGAUGUAUAGUAAGACCAUAUUUGGGACAUGAUGUAUAGUAAGGCUUUUUUGCAUUUUUUUUGACAAGUCUUUGUUUUAGACGUGAUCUAUAGUAAGACUUUUUUUGGACAUGAUGUAUAGUUAGAUGCGACCACCAGUGGUUCAUGGUACAGGGGAUCAGGAUUCGAUACCUGGUGAGGGCAACUGUAGUUGUUGGUCAUUUUGUUAUUUGUACAGUUCCAGCAUAUAUCAUAAUCAUCACUUCUGUUCGAACAUAACAGAUAUUUGCCUGUUGACAGUUUUAAUAUUAAUAUUAAGUGUAACUAAUUCAUUGUUAAAUCAAUACACAUCUUACCUGUGCGUCAAUAAUCCAACUACUUGUUGUAUUGACUUGAUGGUUUUUCACUGCAAUGUAACACAACAGUGGAGUGAGUGCGCGUGUGCGAAGUGUUGGAUGACGUCACAUGACAAGACUGUCGUGUUCCGACGCAACACGUCCAAUGUCAAGGUGGAACGCGUCAAAUGACACAGCGGCAGUGUGGACUACAAACUUGUUUUCUUGACGACGCGGUGAACUGUUCUUUUUGGAAAGGGUUAAUUAAGACAGGAAAUUAGAUGAAUUUCUAUUCCAUAGAAGCAAAAACAUGAAUAUCGAUCAGAGGUGUCGAUCGGUUCACUCCCAGAAUGAUUCCCCAAUUGAACCCAAACACCUGAGAUGCAGCAACUUGAACAUGCCGCUACUUGCAUCCGAGUUUUUCAAGAGUGAAUUACAGUUACAUCUGGAUGGCAUGACAACCGAGAUGUGGGACUUAAUAGAAUACGGUCAUUUUGAUCGCAAUGCUUUUAUGGUGCUGUUGAAAAUGUGGCAAAGUAUCCUGUGUAAAAUCUCCCAGGAAGUGCUCGUCGUUGUGGUGCCUCAGGUGGAAGAGCACGCCCAGAUCAUAGAGAAAGGUUGUGACACUCCGAUUCGGGCCCUUAACUACUCGUGCGUAACGGAGGACGACAUUCAUGCAUGCAUUUGGGAUUCGCUUCUGCUGGCUCUGAAGGACGCAAUAAACGCCGGAGACAUUAAGUUGCCAUGUGGAGAUCAACUGCUGGAGAUGGUCGCCGCUAAGGUGUCCCAUACGGUGAACACAGCACUGUCCAAUAUCUCCUCACCGCCAACCCCUUUGCCACAUCCGGACGUUCCGCACCAAGUGUCUGAGAUCGGGGAAAUAGCUUUACAAACUAUUUCAGUACUAAAGAGUUGUUUGGAAACCAUGAGGCAAGAUGGCGACGCUGGAUGUGAAGAGGAAUGCGUGGACAGCGAUUCAUCGGAAGAGACAACCAACGGCUUGGUCGCUCCUCUUCCCACUCCUGUGCUAAAUCGGGCGCAAAGAAAUUUGAAAACUCACACGCCCGCUAAAGUGCGCACAAGGACAGAAAACAUUAGCAAUCGCACUCCUGCAGAAACGUGGACGAAGAAAGAAAACACUUUUUGCACCGUGUUCCUGUGGAAGCUAACGGACCAUAUUGCUCACUCCAACUCGAAAUCAGUGCUGGAGAUGGACAUCGAUUGGAUGUUGACGCAUCUCAUGAGCGCUGUGGUAGAAACACGCCCUAACCUCUUGCUCAACAUCGGUGACUUCCACAUUCACAUCUAUAAGGAUCUCUGUCAGGAGUUUGGAUCCAAGGAGCGUUUGUAUUGCUCAAUGGCACGCUGUCAACUUGUAUUCGUAGAAGCUCUUGCUCGGGCAAUGAGACAUCAUCUCAAGGCACCAAAAAAGAGGGACUUUUUUACUAAAGUUAGGGCUUUUUUUAAGAAAAAGACAGCAAAGGUUUCUCUGGCCUAUGAGCAAGGACACAUGUGGCUGCAGGCUUCUAACAACACCAAGAAGCUCUGACACAGGACUUUAACUCAGAAGUAGCUAUUCUGGCUUCUUGUGAGAAAUCAAAAUUACAGAAGAUGUUUUUUUUUUUCAGUGCAGCCUGACAGGAAGUCACUUUAUUGGUUCAGCAGCUGAAUCCAUGAUGACUUAGUGAGAUCAUAUUAUUUAAAACUGCUAACAAUUGGAGCUGCCUGAGUGCAGGUUCCAUGUGAUGAAUUGGAACCUGCUAAGACAUCCUCUGGUGAGGACCGCUCAAAGGCUAACUGUCACAGUACAGGUGUGCGGAUGCGGGGCGUUGCCGCAUGUCCAGGGUCAGCACUUGGGAGGGUGCUGACAUGGUUCAGUCCAGUCCACUUCCUUUUACUAGGUUGCUGCAGUGUGGUACGCUUACUUUAGAUACACAAAAACAAACCACACACACACACACACAUACAUACAUACAUACACACGCUUUGUGGCCGAGACUGGAUUGACAUGGGAGGACCCAAAAUGCCGCUAUUCCACCUCGUCGUCCAAUUCUGGUGAAAGUCCUUGUAGUCGCGUGAUGAUGGCGCUGUGUGUUGGUGCGUUGGUGAAAACAGUCCCCACAAACAGAGGCGUUCCUCUCAGAAUGUGGCGGAUAACCGUGCAGGUGCCCGACAUCUCGAUACGGAAUCCGGAAUGCCGUGGCUCCUCUUCUCCCGUUUGUCUUGCACUUGGACUUACUGGGGACGCAAAGAACUGUUGGGAAAACAUGAAGAUAGCAAUUAUGAUUUAUGUUCAAAUAAAAACAGUUGAACAAAAUGAUUAACUGUGAAACGAUAACAACAGACAAUACAAACGCCACAAACCAGAUAAAGGUGGUGCCUGGGUUAUGUCGGAGUUCCGUUACCGGACUAAUGCAAGUCAGGUUUAGGUAUAAGUCAAAUCUGGUACUUAAAUAAUAGGUAAAUUAACCUGUCACAGAACAAAGCAAAAAUAAAAGACAUAGACUUUCUUUAUUGUCAUUGCACAAUAACACAGCAGUGAAAUUGCCAAUGAAAUGUCGUUGCCUGGAUCCUGUGUAAUAAAUAAUAAUGUGGAGAAUAAAUAGAUUACAUCAAAUAUGAACAACAAUGUACAGCGUAAACAGUAAUUUGUAUAAAUAAUUUAGAAUAAAUAACAAUUUAAACAAACC